AUGCUAUCUCGGUUUCGGUUGGGAUUGAAAUCUGAUAUCAUUAGAGCUAUUGGCGUCGUGGAUGUUCUGGACAUCAAGGACUGCUUUAAGAAGGCAUUGAAGGUUGAAGACCUAUUGAGCACCACUAGAAGGUUUGGCUCCACUGUUGUCAACACCAGAAAAUCUUUUCCAGCAUUCAAACCAACUAAUGGUUACAAUAGAGGCAAUAACACCACUGCUGGUUCUACACGAACAGCCCCCUACACUGGCAGCUCUUCACGUGUGGACAAGGGCAAAGCCCCAAUGACCACUAGUGAGUCAAAUACUUGUUACUGCUGCAAUGAAAAGGGACAUUAUGCUAAGGACUGCCCACAAAGACAGAGACCAAUCAAUGUAGUUGACAAGGAAGAAGACAGCCCUGACGAAUUUGAUGAACAAGGUAUUUACGCAUUACCCCCUGAAGAUGAUGAUGAUGGGGCUGCCUAUUUUGACGACUUGGGUGAUGAACUUGGCGAUACCCGAGGUGUACACAUAGUAGCUCGUAUAUUCAGUGCUGAAUCUCAAGGUGAAGAUUGGCGACAUAGUUGCAUCUUCUAUACCCGCUUGCGAGCAGGUGAGUGCACUGCCCAGAUAAUUGUUGACAGCGGUAGCUGCGUUAAUGUUGUGUUUGAAGAUCUUGUGAAGAAGGCGAAUCUGAAAUUUGAGAAGCACCAGAUGCCCUACAAAGUCUCCUUAUUGAAUGGGAAUAAGCUUGAUGUGAACAAGCGGUGCUAUGUUCCCUUACAAGCCCAAAAAUAUUCAGAGGAAAUUUGGUGUGAUAUCAUUCCGAUGAGAAUGACUGAUGUUCUACUAGGGAGACCGUGGCUUUAUGGCAAUGAUGUUGCUCUCUUAGGAAGAAAAAACCUCUGUGUGUUUCAACAUAAAGGAGAAGAGAUCAAGUGGUACCCACUUAAUUUGCCUGCAGAAGUACGGAAAUGUCGUGUCAUGCGCACUAAUCAAAAGGGGACAGAAUCGGAAAAUAAAUUGUUAGCUGUUCCACAAAGGGAAUUUGAACAAAUUAGUUAUGAUACGGGACUGGUUCUUGCCUUGGUGACUCAAGAGGAUUUUUCAGAUGUAGUACCCGAAGAACUGCCCAAUGAGCUACCUCCACUCAGAGACAUUCAACAUGCCAUCGACUUGGUACCUGGUGCUAUGUUACCAAAUCUGCCCGCCUACAGGAUGAGCUCCUCUGAACAUGAAGAGCUUAAUAAACAAAUUGGAGAGCUUCUCAAGAAGGGGUUUAUUGACGAAAGCAUAAGCCCUUGUGCUGUUCCAGCCUUGUUGACACCAAAGAAGGAUGGUUCGUGGCGCAUGUGUGUGGACAGCCAAGCCAUCAACAAGAUCACCAUCAAGUAUAGGUUCCCAAUUCCUAGGCUUGAUGACAUGCUAGACAUGCUGUCCGGUUCUAAGAUCUUCUCCAAGAUUGACCUCCGCAGUGGAUACCAUCAGAUCUGCGUACGGCCUGGAGACGAAUGGAAGACAGCCUUCAAGACCAAAGAUGGAUUAUUCGAGUGGAAGGUCAUGCCCUUUGGCCUGACGAAUGCAUCUAGCACCUUCAUGAGAGUCAUGACCCAGGUACUUCGUCCCUUCAUCGGUAAAUUUUUUGUUUAUUUUGAUGAUAUUUUGGUGUACAGUAAAAACCCAGAUGAGCACAUAGACCACCUGAAACAAGUUCUCAGAGUACUCCGGCAAGAGAAGUUGUUUAUCAAUUUAAAGAAAUGUUCCUUCAUGCUGCCCAAGGUUGUUUUCCUUGGUUUUAUAAUUUCUUCAAAGGGUGUUGAAGUUGAUCCGGAAAAGGUCCGAAGCGUUGUUGAAUGGCCUAUCCCAGAGACAUUUACUGAAGUGCGAAGCUUCCACGGUUUGGCUUCUUUUUACAGGCGAUUCAUUCGCAAUUUCAGUGCCAUCAUGGCACCCAUAACCGAAUGCACCAAACAGAACAAGGGUCCGUUCGCAUGA